AUGUGUAGCACCAGCUGUCCUCUGACUGAAAACCCUGCAGCCUACAUCUGGUACAGGAACAGAGAGUUUCUCUAUCAGGACUGGUCUCCCUGGUACCAACAGCUGGUCAGCAGUGACAAAGCAGUCAGAUACUCCUGUGCUAUCAAAGGCUACGAGGGUCUCAGAGCCCCUGAAGUCUCCGUGGAAGUACAUGUUCAAAGGACUCCUGCAGCCACACCGGGCCACGUCAUAUUGACCUGUAACACCAGCUGCCCUCUGACUUCCUUUAAAUGGUAUAAGAAUAGACACUUAGAUGGAAAUCUUGAGAAACCACAGCAAACAGUGCUCAGCACCUCUGCUGACAGCUUCUCCUGUGCUGUGAAAGGACGUGAUGACCUGCACUCUGCUGAAGUCUGUACUGAGGAUAACAACUGCUGGUGUGUGAAUUAUGUCAGCAGCAGAAUUUGUGCACUGGAAGGUUCUUCAGUGAACAUUUCUAGUAAAUAUUCUCAUCCUGAAAAGCAGCAGCCAAAGUCUAAAUUAUGGUAUAAAACACAGAGAAGUUGGACGGAAGAAGCUGAAGAGCCGAUUAAGGCUGCACGUCGUGUGGAGUAUUAUGACGUGAAGAAUCACCACAUCCUGAGAAUUAAAAACCUGAAGAAGAAUGACUCAGCAGAAUACACAUUCAGACUCCAGAAAGAGCCUAAUGGAGAAUGGACACAGUCUGAUUUACCUGGAGUGACUCUGGUUGUCACAGUCCUGAGAGUGAAGUUUACUCCUUCUGCAGAGGUGACAGAGGGCCAGAGAGUCACACUGACCUGCAGUACCAGCUGCCCUCUGACUGACAACACAAACUACAUCUGGUACUUGAACAGUCGACGUUUGACCGGGCCAGAGACCCAAAACAAACACCUGGUUCUAGAGCCAGUCAGCAGUCAGCAAGCAGGAAAGUACUCCUGUGCAGUCAAAACCCACAACAACAGCAGCUCUCGUGAAAAGACUCUCACUGUCCAAAGUAAACCGGGGAAAUGGUCACCAGCAGCAGCUGCAGGAGUCUUUGCUGCUCUCCUGGUUUUAAUACCUCUCGCUGUCUUCUUGUGGAUUAGAAGAAAGAGGACUUCUAGCCAAUCUCCUGGAACUGAAACCUCUGAAAACAACUUGGAGCAGAUAAACCCUGGUCCCAUGUAUGAUGAAAUCUCAGCUCUACCAACAGAGCAGGAGGAUCUUUACUAUAGCACUGUCCACUUCGGUCAGAACAACACAGACACUCUCUACAACACAGUCCAGUCACAUCAGCCGCAAGAACAAGAGCACAUCCCCUAUGUUGUUGUGAACUUUAGUACCAACGCAACCCCUGAGCACGAUGGCCAGGCAGCAGAACCCUAGAAUUUGUACAGCACAGCAAACAAAAACUUAAACAGAUUGGAUGUAACAACACACCUGUCUGUGUUAUGUAUGUAACUUGGAUAUGUUCUGUACAUUAUCCCUGCAUUGCAUUUCCAUUUAUGGACUUCAAUUGAUGAUCUA